AUGUGGGGAAUAGUUUCGGUUUCCGGUUAUUUUCUUUCAUUUUAUCCCUACACCCGUAGGUUAGUCCAUCUUCCAGUACCUUCCGUUGGAUUUGUUGACGUUUAUCUUACUACUUUCUGGAAUUUUCCACCGCCUCUCCGAUCAAAUGCCCUUUUCUUCUCUCUUCCCAUUCCACAUUUCUUUCCGAUCAGGUAUCUAUUUUGUGUCCACCGUCUCUCAAGCCAUCCGGGUAAAAUUUCCCGUUUGGAGCUGAACGGUCACCACGAACGCACCAUUGUUGGCUCCCUUCGCUUCUCAGGUCCCCCGAAUUCUCCAUUGUUGCUUCUUCAGACUUCCUUCACCAGUUACAAUCCCUCGGAAACAUAUGCAAGCGGAUUUUGCUCUGUUUUUUAUGCCAUCGGAGAUUUCAUUUAUAUAGAGUCGGUUUCAGGAUACCCAUAUAUAGUAUUUUGUCUUAUUUGCUGGAUUGAAAGGUUGAAAGAACGAUGAAUCUACCGCAUGUUCCAGUAAAAAGCGGGAAGAAUGAGUUGUGCACAUAAGGUGCUCGAUGAAAUUCUUCAGAGAAAAAUCCUUCUGAUAUUAGCACUUUGCUCAACUGCCAUUUGCUUACCCUUCUUAGUUCAUCAUUUUUGUUAUGCACUCCACUAUCUCUUAUUUGAAAUGAUGAAAGCGUACGUUUGUACAUUGCUAUUAUAUGUUUUAGUAAAGCCAUUUGGAAUUCCAUGUUUUCCUUCAAUGGACCGGGCAGACCAACAAAUUCGGACAGAUUAGAAGCUGUUGUUGGCUGCCUUUCGACCGCUACGUCUCAGGUUAGGAAUCACUUGGUUGCAAGAAUAGCAUUGCAUAUGAGGUGAUUACUAAACUGCUAUGAAAUUUUUUUUGAUUUAUUUGUUUACAAUUUUGUUAUUGCUUUGAAGCAGGUAUUCACUACCUUGGAUCAGUAUGUGUCUUUAUGUAUAUGUUGUGCUUGGUGGCAGUGAUGACUUAAGAGUUACUGGGUACAAUGACGCCAACUUUUAGAUAGACAGAGACCAAUUCCAUUCUCAUGCAGGCUGGGUGUUUACCCUUAAUAGAGGAGCAGUAACUUGGAAGAGUUCCAAGCAGGAGACCGUGGCUGAUUCCACUUGUGAAUCAGAGUAUAUUGCCGCGAGCGAAGCAUUGAAGGAGGCUAUAUGGUUGAAGAACUUCGUUGGAGAUCUUGGAGUAGUGCUAGCCAUUAAGGAGCCAAUGGAAAUUUUCUGCGAUAAUGAAGGAUCGGUUGCCUUGACCACGGAACCAAGAGAUCAUGGUAGAUCUAGACAUAUCGACAGAAAAUAUCACUUUAUCAGACAUCAUGUAGAAGAAGGAAGCCUCGUGGUUAAGAGGGUAUCAUCAGAAGAGAAUCCUGUCGAUCCCCUCACAAAGGGUCUUAGUAGGAUUAAGCAUGUUCAGUACGCAAGGAGCAUUGGAUGAUAUUAGUUUUAGUGAUUAGAUAGUUAUUUAGAAACUUGUAACAAAUAAAUGUAAUUGACAU